AGACUCCACGUGUCACCGAGAAGCUGAUGUAGAGAGAGACACAGAGAAAGAAAGCAAGAGACUGGAGUCCUGGGAAAGUCCUGUCGUGCCUCGGGCAAUUAUAAAAAUGUGUUCCCCUGGCGGCCUCCAAACUAGCGCCCUCACCUGCGACGUCCAUCCAUCUGCGUCCAGCCGCCGACUCGCUGUCACCGCAGCGCCGCUCAGCAUGUGCCCGCUGCGCAACCUCCUCCUUGUGGCCACCCUGGUCCUCCUCAACCACCUGGACCAUCUCAGUUUGGGCAGGAGCCUCCCUGCAACCACAGCAGGCCCAGGAAUGUUCAAAUGCCUCAACCACUCCCAAAAUCUGCUGAAGGCCGUCAGCAACACACUUCAGAAGGCCAAACAAACCCUAGAAUUUUACUCCUGCACUUCAGAAGAGAUCGAUCAUGAAGAUAUCACCAAAGAUAAAACCAGCACAGUGGAGGCCUGCUUACCACUUGAACUAGCCACGAAUGAGAGUUGCCUGGCUGCCAGAGAGACCUCUUUAAUAACUAAUGGAAAUUGCCUGACUUCUGGAAAGACCUCUUUUAUGACAACCCUGUGCCUUAGCAGUAUCUACGAGGACUUGAAGAUGUACCAUGUGGAGUUCCAGGCCAUGAAUGCAAAGCUUCUGAUGGAUCCUAAGAGGCAGAUCUUUCUGGAUCAGAACAUGCUGACAGCUAUUACUGAGCUGAUGCAGGCUCUGAAUUUCAACAGUGAGACUGUGCCACAGAAGCCCUCCCUGGAAGAACUGGAUUUUUAUAAGACUAAAAUCAAGCUCUGCAUACUUCUUCAUGCCUUCAGAAUUCGUGCGGUGACCAUCGACAGAAUGAUGAGCUAUCUGAAUUCUUCCUAAAAAGCUGAAGUCUCUCCUAACCUUAAAGUCAUUUUUAUAAAAAUUGGAACCAAAGAAAUGUUAAUAGGGUAUGGGUUAGGAACUGGGGCGGGGGUGGCUUGACUGGUCCUAUCUAAGCUGGUAUAGGAAUUCCCAUGCUUGUUUACGUUAGUCAUCACCCCAAAUUUGAAAGAUGUGAGGCUCCCAUCCACACAAUUGAUACUCUGAUCAAGUGUAUUUCACAGUGGAUAAGUUAUACUACGGAUAAGUUAUUUUUUUAAGUUUUCAUGAGCAAACUGCUAAGGAGGGAAAAUGUCCUCACAGAACAUGUUGGGUUUUUUUUUCCCUUUAAUAGAAGAGCAAGAAUUUAUAAGCUAUUUCAGUACCAAAGUGUUUGUAGAAACAAACACUUGAGCCUAAUUUAUUUUUUAAGUAUUUAUUUAUAUAAUUUUGUACUCAUGAAAGCAUAUGAACUAACUUAUAUUUAUUUAUGUUAUAUUUAUUAAAAUAUUUAUUCCCAAGUGGAUUUGAAAUAUACCUUGUUAUUCUAAAAAUAAAAUGACUGAAUU